AUGGGCGAUUCUUCGACAUCUUCGACAUCUUCACGACGGCGGCGCGCCGGUGAUGCGCAAAGGGAAGACACAGAUGCAGACGCAGGAGCUGUGCAAACACCAAAUUUAGGACCCGCAACAUCCGCAUAUGACUUGCUGCAUCCGCUGUCUUCAGGCUCAUCCCCUGUGCCGAAUAGUGGGUCUCUUGCAUCGUUAGCGAGACAGCAAUUGCAGCAGCAAAUAGUAGCAACACCACCACGGAUCUCAGCAACACGCGAGGAAUCUCUCCAAUCGGAUUCGGGCACCGGCGCCACAGGCGAAUCGUUUGACCAGGAAAACAUAAGCCCACCAACGGCUUCGGCGUCUGCAAGGCUACAACAAGAGCCAAAUCAGAGCACACCCACCUCGACAUCAUCAUCGCCGAAAAUGUCAGCAGACGAAUAUAACCAGCCGCCGCAGCAUAUCCCACCUUCUCCAUACGCCUCGAUUUUCUCAGAAGGAACCGACACUAUCUCCCCCCUGGUACUGCGCCGGUGCGAUGAACAUGAUGAUAAUACAAAUGACGACCCAGUGCGAAAGUACAGCGAGUCCCUGCAGCUAUUUCGGAGAAGCGAAGAGGACCAGGGAAAGACAUGGAAACGACGGGUUGUUGAAUACAGAUAA